AUGAACUCGAGGUGCAGUAAGAGCGCGCAGUUGCCAGAAUCUAGCGGUGAGAGCGCGCAGUUGCCAGAACCAGGCGCAAGUGCGUACAGGCAGCUUGAAUUCUUGCUCGGUCGCAUCGAUAGUUUGAGCAGUGAGGCGCCGUUCACGACGCUGCCAGGCAGUGGAGCCCCACUGAACGGCAGCAACAGCACUGGCUAUGGAAAGCGAGAUAUCGCCGUUAUGCCGCAGGAUAUCAAGAAGUGGUACUAG